AUGCCCAGUAAUACUGCAAUGGCAAUUGGGGCUCUUUCUAGUUUCCUUCUUGUGACAUGCUGCCUGAUGGUUACUCUGUGUAAUUCUACUACACCAUUGCAAAAGCUAUCCAAGGCUCAAGACAAGCAGGAGAUAAAAACAAGUGAGGAAAAAAUAUAUCAAUCAUCAGUCCAGGAAAGACAGAAUCAUGGACCAGGAAAAAUGAAUGAAAUGACUAUGAAUGGAAGAGAAGAAGGCACCAGGGACUGGAAAAACAAAGGGAACAGAAAUUACUCUAAUAAAGAAUCUUGGACAAAGCAAAAACAGGUUUUGAGUAUUCAGGCAACAAGUAAUAAUAAGUUUGGGAACCUUGAAGCUCAUAACCAGAUCAAAGAUAUUGAAGAGGAACUUCCUGCUGCUGAAGAUUUCUCCGUCUUAGAUAUUAUUGCUGGUACCACAUCUGAAUCGCCAGAGGAAUAUGUUUAUCCAGAUUACCGUGGAAAAGGCUGUGUGGAUGAGAGUGGCUUUGUUUAUGCAAUUGGGGAGAAGUUUACUCCAGGACCCUCUGCAUGCCCUUGUCUUUGUACUGAAGAAGGCCCACUGUGCAUUCAGCCAGAAUGUCCUAGACUCCAUCCUCGUUGUAUUCAUGUUGACACUACUCAAUGCUGUCCACAGUGCAAAGAACGUAAAAAUUAUUGUGAUUUCCGUGGGAAAAUCUACCAGACACUGGAAGAAUUCAUGGUUUCAUCUUGUGAGAAAUGUCGAUGUGAGGCCAAUGGUGAAGUAGUGUGCACUGUGUCUGCUUGUCCUCAGACUGAUUGUGUGGAUCCUGUAUAUGAACCAGAUCAGUGUUGCCCCAUCUGCAAAAAUGGGCCCAAUUGCUUUGCUGAGACCAUGGUUAUCCCAGCAGGUCGAGAAGUGAAGACAGAUGAAUGUACUAUAUGCCACUGUACUUACGAAGAAAUUACUUGGAGAAUUGAACGACAAGCUAUGUGUACCAGACAUGAAUGCAAGCAAAUUUAGAUCUACUAAUCUAGGGAAUCAGGAUAUUUUUAUAAAAUAUUUAAAUCCACCAGAUGAUUUGGUGAAAAACAAGAGUCAAUUACAAAGGAUAAUUUUGUUGAAGAUUAAGUAGGCAUCAGAUAUUUUGUUUUUGAUAGGGAGAAAUAUAUAUGUCAACAUUUGCACUUAAAAUAUUUAUGUCAUUGUAAGUGUUAUAUUUCCAAGUGAGUACUUUACAAUAGACUCACAGAUUAUAUUAUUUCUACAGUGCCAUUAGUUUAAAUUUAAUGUUUUAUAUAGAUGAUACUAAUUAAAGUAACAUAAAUGGUUGACUGUCUUCUUGCAUAUCUGACCAUGCAUAAAAUAAAUAAUGUUUGUUAUAUUAUAUAGACUAUUUUUAUGAAGAAACAACAAUAGGCAUAGAAAAGGUAAAAAAUAGAUAUUAUUAUAACCACUUAAAUCUGCAAGGAGUGAGGUGCUUACCUAUUAAUGCAACAGAACAUUUGUUAUUGACUUUAGUAAUUUUUAUCUGCGCAGAAAUAUACACAUAAUAUGUGCCAAUAUUUCUUUACUAUUGACAUAUACUGGCAUGAAUAUACAGUAAUCUGAGAGCAACUGGACUACUUCAUAAUCUGCUGGAUAAUUUUUAUAUUCUGUUACAAGAAAUUUAGUCUCCCAUCAGUAGUCUAGAAAUAUAAGUCAUGUAUUUUCUGUGGUUAAGCAUUUAAUGCAUAUGAAUAAAUCACAUAAUUUAUGUUUUUUCUAUUUUAACUUAGUUGAAAUUACUUUUCCUGAUAGGCAAAUAAUAUCUGACAAAACAUAUCCUGUUUCAACUGUAAAGUACAUAACAUGACAUGUGGCAUUCCCGCUAACAUGUGAUUUGUGAAAAGGCAGAUUGUCAGUCAUUUUCAAGCCAAGUGCUCCCAUAACAUCAUUUUCAAGAGUUCAAGACACAGAAUGAAAAAUACUAAAGUUCUUAUGUUAGAAAAUUACUAAAUUCUGCGAAAUCCUGCCAGCUCUUGUUCUAUAAAAAUGGCAUUUUUAAAUGAAACCCAAUUAAGCAUUUUUAAGCAUUUAAUUAAUUUAGGCAUCUUUCCAAAAUAUCGCAAAUAAUUUACUGUUAUUAAAACAGUUAAACCUGUAGAACUAGUAUUUCUUUUCAAUUUCAAA